AUGAUGUACCGUUGUCGUUAUUAUUCCAGCAAACCUCACGGGUUCAAGCAGUGGAAUCAUCCGGAUUACCUGAUGAAGACAGGUGCAUCGACGAUUAUUCUGACACGGACAUUUUGGCAAUCGUCAACAACGAAGAAAGUUAUGAAACCGAUUUUCACGACGAAGACGACGAUGAUUCUGUUGAACCCUUGGUUGAGCCGGACAACAUUGAGUGUGAUGAAGCACGUCCAGCGGAAACGGUUGAGCAAAGUCAGCAUUACCGUGCUAGAACCAAACGCGAAGAGUUUGGAAAGCGAAGUUAUCGAGGUGUUAGAAGAAGAAGAAUAUGAGGAUAUUAUCGAAGAGUCUACAGAAGAAUUGGAAGCGGAAAAGCAGUCGUCGGUUGUCCAUGGGAAAGCUGUCGAUACCGAAAAGGAAAGGAAACGGAAAGAAGGUUUGGAGAAACUGGAAGAGGUUGCCAAGGCGAUUCACGAUGCAAUAAAGAACCCACAGGCAGCCAAAAAGCUAGUGGACGAGCUUCACGAGUAUGUCGACAAGAGAAGCAACGUCCACAAAGACAUCAAGGCGUUGGUGAUCAAGAUCCAAGGCGCUCUUGGAUCGGCUGUAAAGGAGUGGAAACACGUAGUUCAGAGAGCAGAAGCAGCGGAGAAGGAGUUGUCAGUGGCCAAGACUGCCAUUGAAGCAAGUCGCGCGGCGGAAGCGCGAAGGGCAGAAGUCAACACGGUUGCGAAUGAAGUGAACGUAGCGAGAAGUAUUCCCCCAAGGAUGCAGACCACGCCUUACUUCACACCGAAGAGGCAAAGGGCAUCGCCUGGAGAUGCUAGGCCAGGUGGCUCCAAGAAGCACAAGGAAGCUAGUGUCACUGAAGUCCAGCCGACUCUCGAAGCAACUGACGAGGUAAACAGCCAUAGUUCUUGGCAGGUCGUCGGUAGAAAGAAGGGAAAAGCGAAGAAGAAAACCAGACCCGAAAAACCUAAAUUGGUCAGGAGGAAGAAUAAGGGCGAGGCUCUUAUCGUUAAAGCAAGCGGCGACUCGUACGUGGAGGUCUUACGUGCCAUGAGGACAAAUCCGAACCUCAACGAGCUAGGAGCAGACGUGAAGAAGAUCAAGCGUACCCGCAACGGAGAGAUGAUCCUCUUGUUGAAAAAGGAACCAAAAGCUAGCAGCGUUUCUUACAAAGAGCUAACCGAGAAAGCUUUGGGCAACAUGGUGGAAGUGAUAGCCUUGUGUCCAGAGGCGACUAUUACGUGUAAAGACCUGGAUGAGAUCACGUCGGAGGAAGAUAUAAGGCUUGCUUUGAAAGAGCAAUGUGAGCUGGGAGAAGUCCGGAUGUCCAUCCGCAUACGAAAUGGACCUUCCGGUACCAAGGUGGCAGCGAUUAAACUACCGAUUGAUGCUGCCAACAAGGUACUGAGGAUAGGAAUCGUGAGAGUAGGCUGGUCCGAGUGCCCACUGAGUGUCUCUGAACCUGAAGUGUGCUUCAGGUGUCAAGAGUUCGGGCACAUCGCACGGUACUGUAAAGGGCCGGAUAGAAGUAAUCUAUGCAGAAGGUGUGGAGAAGAAGGCCACAAAGCGCAGGGCUGCAGCAAGCCUCCGAAAUGCCUGAUUUGCGCAAACACGAAGGAUAGCAGCAACCACGCUACAGGAGGCACGAAAUGCGCGGCCUUCAAACGAGCAAGUACAACGAAACCCCAGUGGAGAUAG